AUGAAGGCGGCGGCGGAGCGGCUCAAAGCGACGGGCGCGGGCACGGAUCUGCUGGAGCAGCCGGUGGAUCUCCGGCCCCCAGAAAUCCCGCAAGACGACACACCCUCGGAGAUGGUACGAGAUUUGGUGCGCGAGGUAGUGGAGGCAGCGGGUAGAGGAGACAUAGGCGCCGCGGGCAGCGCGCUGACUGACCUGGCGGGCGAGGCCCAGGCAGCUGCAGAGGCAGAUGGUAUCCCCUGGGAGCAGAUCGCCCCGAUCUUCUUUGCGUUUGUGUUUUUGGCAAAUAGUGCCGCAUUUGUGUAUCCAUUGUUGGAAGAGGCCCUGGAGGAGGAUGACUUGGAUCGCUUGCCAAUGCCAAGUGGAACAGCACGACAGCCCAGAGCCGUGGUGGAGGAGGUGGACUUGAAACUGCCGCCAAAGACCAUGUCGGAGCGAGUGAAAGAGGAGGCAGCAAAGAAGGCAGAGAAGGCGGAGAAAGCGGAGAAGAAGGAUUGGAAGAAGGAGGAGGAGGAGGAGAGCAAGCGUUCCGCCUAA